CAACGAUGUCGAUAUCUACAGGUAACACAGAUGAGCAAUGGAAGAACAAGUGCAAGCAACUGAAGCGUAAGAUAAACCAAAUAGAAGAGGCUAGCAAAGUAGCUUCGUUGUCAAUUUCACGUGGUAAAGUUGCUGUUAACAGGCUAAAACUGGAAUACUCUAUACUAUUAGAAAGAUUAGAGGCAAAGGCCGUAUUACCUCAGGAGAGUGAAUCAGACGACGAUGAUGAAUACGCAAUCACAGAAGGGAAGAGAGUUAUAAAGAGGAAGAAACCGAUGGUUUCACAACCAAGAGACCCAGAUUUGCCAAAGAGACCACUAAACCCAUACUUGGUGUUUUGUGAUAUGGAGAAGGAAAGAAUCAAGAAGGAAGCCGAAGCUGAAGGCAAAGAUAUCGACUUGUCAAAGACUUUGGGUGAGUUGUGGAGAAGCAUGAGUUUAGAUGAUAGAAAGCCAUACGUGAAGGUCUACAACGAGGACAAGGAGAGGUAUCAGAGACAGAUGUCAGAAUACGAAAGUAGAAACCCAAAGAAACAGAAGUUGGAGCCAAAGACUGAAAAUCCACCAUCAGAAUCUUGAUGAUUUUGGUGAAGAUGAUGACGAAAUUUAACACGUGUGUACUACGAUUAAAGCCUUUUCUUGUUUAGUGUUAUAUGUAUAAUUUUGAAUUAAAAAUGCUGU